AUUGGGACUUGGUGUUGGUCACGUAAAGUUUAACUGUUAUCAUAAUGCUGAUACUAGUACUUUAUCUUCUGACUUCCAAAGUGUAAAAUGUCUGUUAUUUAAUCAUGCUAUACCCAAGCAUGUUAAAAAAAUCAUGAAUGAUGAAGCUAAUCAAGGAGGCUAAAUACUUGUAUUUAACCUCCUUGAGUGAAUCAUGCUCAACAGGGGAAAAUACCUAACAAUGUUGCCAUUGUGUUUGGUUCAUUUUGGACAGUGAUGAUAAAAUGCGCAAACAUUUGGCAUUAAAUGUGUUUUCACUGUACACUAAUGUAGUUCAUUUUUCUUAAUAGAUUGCUGCAGGCUAAGAAGGCAGACAGUGCUCAAAGUUCAUGUUAAAAAAAAAACUUUUUGCCAUUGUUACAAUAAGAUUAUUGCCUUACUGAAAGUGAAGCAGGAAAACAAAACUUAUCUUGCUACAUAGGUAAAGAAAGCAGUGUAGUGCUAGAUGUCAAAUCUUUUAUUUAUUCCUGAGAAUCAUAAUGGUAUCUUUGUUACAAAAACAUGGCUAAUCAGCCUUAUGGUUUGUAGUUUGUUAUGCCGAGCAACGUUUGUAGAGUAGAGUAGAUGUCUUCGGUAUUAAAGGUAGGAGCUUAGUUCCAGUUUAGGCCGUAUAAUAAUUUGUACUGUGACUCGAGUCACUCGACACACAGUUGAUCAUUAGCUCCCUGGUGAUACAAAACUUUCCCUAGCAAAAUAUGCACUACUUUUAUUUUACAAGGGAGGUAAGAGGAAGAAGAAAAACUGUAGCUCCUUGGUCAGAAGUUGUGACAGCAUGCACUGAGGCUGAUCGGGCUGUGAAAUUACUGAUUGUAUGCUGCUGAGGAACCACCAAAUUAUUGUUCACAUACUUUCUUUGAAUCCCCGGGACUGCACAGCAAAUACCACAGGCAACGUUGUUCGUCGAAACACGUUGCUACAAGAGCGAGAGACGACGGAACGAGACAAAGAAACGUUAUUUUUUUCCAACACGGGCGCCGCCAUCUUUUUCAGUGGACCAAACUACUCUCGAGGAGGAGUGAGCUGAAGAUCGGGAUAGUCAAUUUGAGAAGCAGUCUAAAACAGGACUGUAUCAAUAGCUUAUAUAAUAAUGUGAUGAAAAAUGUAAAUAUAAGAAUCUAUCAUCAAUGAAUUUUGAAAUAUUUGGAAUGGAAUAAAAAUUUCACUACCACCCCCCAAUUAGGACAGAAGUGUAACAGGCUGGAUUCGGGUCGAAGGUCAAGAUAUUUCGUAACUGGAUCUUUCCGGCGUCCACCUUUUUCCCCAUCCAUAUAUUGUAGACUGUUAUUGCAAAUUUGUAGAAACUAACGCGUUCAAAACCAAGUGAGAAGUCAUGUCUGACUCAGGAGGACUGGUUGAGAGUGAGACAGGGUCAGGGGACGAAAAGAACGUCCCUGCAGCAACAGUAUCUUCCCCAGGUGUGACAAAGUGGAGCAUCCGACAGCAGAUUUGGGACCACAUUGAGAAAAAUGACCUUGCCAACUUCCCUCGGCCAGUACAUCAUCGCAUCCCAAACUUUAAGAAUGCUGCUGCAGCUGCAGAAAAGAUUACUGCACUCAAGCCUUUCCAACAGGCACGGUUUGUGAAAGUCAACCCAGACAAGCCCCAGGAAAAUGUCCGGUUCCUCAUCAUGGAGGCAGGUAAGACCCUCCUUGUGCCAACCCCCCGUCUGAGGAAUGGACUGUUCAACAGGAUCACUCCACCUGCUGGUGCCAACAAGCAGUCACUCAGGACCUGUGCAACAAGACAGGGUAUUGAUAAGCACAGCAUUCCUGUAGGGCUGGAUGACAUGGUCAAGAUAGACCUUGUAGUCUGUGGGUCUGUCGCUGUGUCUAGGAAAGGCUACAGGAUAGGAAAAGGAGAGGGGUUUGGAGACAUGGAGUGGGCUAUGUUAGUAACCAUGGGAGCUGUCACCCCAGACACUAUCAUUGUCACUACAGUUCAUGACUGUCAGGUGAUUGACAUCCCAGAAGAGCUGGUUGAGUCACAUGACAUCACCGUGGAUUGGAUCUUGACCCCAACUGAGGUCAUCCAGACCAACUGUCAGCGACCCAAACCACAAGGCAUUAUCUGGUCCAAGGUGGAUGCAGAAAUGUUACAGCAGAUUCCCAUUCUGCGGAAACUGCGACAGAAAGAGAGGGCUGCUGGGAAGGACGUGCAGAUAAAGGCUGAAGGAGAAUCAACAAAGGAUGUACAAAAAAGGGCCGAAGAAAAAUCUGGAGAACCUGCUAAAGACAAAGAGAAAGGCAAGAGGAGGCAGCCUAGAGGCAAGCCAAGAGAAAAGUCCACAAGGGAAAGGAAGCAGAAAGCACAAGUAGCAGACACACCUAACAAUCAGGACAAGAACUCUGCUGGGGAGGCCAGGAAGAGGCCACCACAGGACAGAGAUCCUUCUCUCACUUUGUGGGUGGGAAAACUUCCAGGGUCACUGAGGGUCAGCAACUUUAAAAAUCACCUUCGAGAGAGCAAUAUCAACCCGCUGCGUGUGAUCUGGAAGGGGAAUCGUGGGUUCGCUUUUCUAGAGUUCAAAGAAGCAAGUGAUGUUGAUGAGGCAGUGAAGAAACUGCAGGAGCUGGAGAUCAGUGGUAAAAAGGUCACAGUGGAAAGGGCAAAGGGCAGAGAGGAGAUGAGAAUGAAGAAAGCUGAUGGCAAACCAGAGGAGAAUGCUGUGAACUAAAUGGGAAAUGGCAAUAAUAGCUUGCAAGAGCAACAAUAUGAAAAAUGCUAAAUGCUGACCAUCAGUAGCUUUCGUUCUUAAUCUGAUGUCUUCCAUAGAGUAAUAUGCUAUGUAUUAUAUAAUUAUGAUAAUAGCCAAUGGUGGAAGAAUACCUCAUUAUGCUAAAUGUUGCCAUUAUGUUUGGUUCAUUUUGGACAGUGAUGAUAAAAGGCUCAAACGUUAAAUGGCACUAAAUUUGUCAGCAUUGUACACCAAUGUGUUUUUUUUCCUUGUCAAAAACUGAAUAUGUAAUUACCUGAGGGCUAAGAGGGCAGACAAUGCUCAAAAUGGUAUGUUAAGAAAAGCUUCUUGUAACAAGAUACCCUUGUCUUCCUGAAGGUGAAAUGGUAAAACGAAUGUACAUUUACAUGUACACUGCAGUAAUGCAGUGUAGUGCUAGAUGUCUCUUCUGUAGUUGUAGGCAGAAGCUGCCAGUUCCAUAUUUAAUGCUUGAAACAUGGCAAUUAUAAACUCAUUUCUUUGAAGAUAACCCCUUGCUCUUACCAAGGUGGUUGAUACCUCCAUGCUCAAAGAGUUUCAAAAAGUUGUUGAUGGUAACUGACAAGCACAGACAAGACCAUUUGAAAGGAAGUUUAGUUUAAGUUUAAAAUUCAUGACACUGAUUGUCAACAGAUGAAAUUUCUGUAACUGAUACUCCAGAGAAGAUGAGAAGAAAUGGGAGAAACUAUGCCAGAUAGACUGUUGGGAGAUCACUCACCUGUUCAGCUUCAUUAUUCACGAGAGAAUCAUGAGGCCUGUAGGCAGCUUUUCAUUGAGGUUGUGAGGGAAAAGGUAAGGGUCAGACAAAAUAAAUAACAAGGAUGCAGGUUAAAUC